GUGAUUUUGUUUUGUAAUUCCUCUUUCUCUAAGCCAGAAAUAAAAGUCCUUUAUUUGGGGUGUAAACCUUAACCAAGAUCACAACCCUACUUACAAAUACUCCUCCCAUUGCACACAGAAAAAUAAGUGCCCCAGCACAAGCCCUCCAAAUCCCAAAGCAUAUAAAACCCAAUCCGAACCAAGACAGUUCACACCAAAAACAGAACAAGAAGUAAAGAAACCAACACAAAACCCUUCCCCACCUACUAUCCCAUCCCACAAUCCAAUCCAAUCCAAUCCCCUCCCCCGCGGUCACCCUCUCUCUUCCUCCUCCAAAGUAGUCCUGUCCCGCACCAUGGGAGUGAGCAACAGGAUAACCGCAACUCUUAACUUCAUAGCCCUCCUCUGCGCCAUCCCAAUAAUGUCUUCCGGCAUCUGGCUGGCCUCCAAGCCGGACAACGAGUGCAUCCGCUCGUUCCGGUGGCCUGUAUUCAUCCUCGGCGCCCUCAUGCUUCUUGUCUGCCUCGCCGGCUUCAUUGGCGCCUAUUUCAACAAACAGGGUCUUUUGGCUCUCUACCUUUUCUGCAUGGCCGCCCUCAUAAUCCUGCUCCUUGUCCUGCUCAUCUUCGCCUUCACCGUCACGAGGCCGGACGGCAGCUACGCCGUGCCCGGCAGCGCUUACAGGGAGUACCGGCUUGAAGGGUUUUCCAAGUGGCUGAGGGACUAUGUUACUGACUCUUCGACUUGGCAGAAAAUAAGGACUUGUUUGGCUGAGUCUAAUACUUGCCCUAAGCUUACACAGCAGUACAUGUCGGCUGAUCAGUUCGUCUUUGCUCACAUCUCUCCCCUUCAGUCAGGAUGUUGUAAACCUCCAACAAUGUGUGGAUACAACUAUGUGAAUCCAACACUGUGGAUAAACCCAGUGAACCCAGUAGCUGACCUGGACUGCUUGAUAUGGAACAAUGACCAAAACCUCUUGUGCUACAACUGCAAUUCCUGCAGGGCUGGAAUUUUGGGAAACCUGAGGAACGAAUGGAGGAGGGUCAAUGUCAUCCUCAUUGUGGCUGUGGUGAUCCUCAUCUGCGUCUAUCUCGUCGCCUGUAGCGCAUUCAAGAACGCCCAAACGGAGGAACUCUUCAGCCAGAACAAGCAGGGUCGGGCUUAACCAGUUUCCAAACACAACAAACCUUCUGUUUGUUUUCAAUUUCUUAUCUUUUGAUGACUUUCGAUGAGUCUUUGUUUGUGACUAGUGUAGUCGGUGUACAUAUUCGUAUGUUCUUUUUCUAUCUGGACUUUAUGGAUGGAUAGAUGAUUGACAGGCAGUGAAAUUCUAGUAGGAAACUGAGUUUUCAAA